UAGAAUAAUUGUCAAAUUGUUAGGUUUUCUCUGGAUUCUUGCCUAACGUUUUGAUUGAUUUGUCUUUCUUGAUAGCGAUUUGUGAUGAUAUCACAAAUACUUAUUUAGAGAUUCUGUGUAAUGUUAGUGAAUUCUUUCUUUGUUCAUAUUUUUCGUUAGUGUCUGGAGAUUUUUGUAUCAAUAAAACUGGUACUUUAACGACAAUGUCAUCAUUAUCAUUUUGUACCUAAAAAUAUGUCAGAAUCGAAGGGGCCCGAACACAAAUUAAUUGACUUCGAUCCUAUUUUGCCCGAUCAGGGGAUUCUCUUUUACGAAGAAUGUCCACCGGAGUAUGAAAUUGAACGGCCAAGAUUAUUGCCUUUGAAAUCUACGACUCAGAUUAGAUUUGAGCAGCUGCAGCACGAAGCAGCCAGAGUUUGGAGGGAGAAGCAGAGAACUGCAAAGAAAAACUAAUUUUAUUUGUGUUUGGAACAGUGUAGUGUUGUGACAAAAUGGCUUACACGUUGUUUGUAAUAGAACUAAUAUCUGCAUUUGUAUUAGCAGCGACUUUACUAUACAGAUAUGGUGACUGUUAUAGGAACCACAUAAUAGUGACAGUGUCAGUGCUGACAGCAUGGUACUUCUCCUUCGUGAUUAUGUUCAUCUUGCCCCUAGAUAUAUCAUCGACAGUGUAUCGACAAUGUAUGGAAAAUGCGACUAAAAUAACGGAGACAACACAAUCGUUACUACAGAAUAGUACAACAACUGUCGCACCACCAGGUACUGAGUGUAUCAAACCAUACAGUUUUAUGGGUUCUAAUGUGUUCCCUAAUCUCUGGAGAAUUGUAUAUUGGACAUCACAAUGUCUUACUUGGCUAAUAAUGCCUAUGAUGCAGUCUUACAGCAAAGCUGGAGACUUCACCGUAAAGGGCAAACUAAAAUCAGCUCUAGUCGACAAUGCUAUCUACUACGGUUCAUAUCUAUUCAUAUGUGGCAUACUACUUAUAUACAUCGCCUUAAAACCGGAUGUGCACUUGGAUCCCCCAAAAAUAAAAACCAUAGCAUCAUCAGCCAGUAAUACUUGGGGUCUGUUCCUCUUAAUCCUGCUCCUCGGAUAUGCCCUCGUAGAGGUGCCUAGGAACCUCUGGAAUAAUUCUAAAAAGAAUUACACUUUGACCUACUGCUACUUCAAGAUUGCUAAGCUGAGUACUGACAAAUGUGAAGCUGAAGAAACAGUUGAUGAUAUUUUGGAUAGUUUAAAAGCCGUAACUGCAGCAGUAGGGUCAGGGCAUCCCCUGUACCGCCAUGUCGACACCAUAGUACAAAAGUUGCCUAUACAGCUUCGUGACAGACUCAAUGGCCGUGCGCCACCCGAUAGACCCACACCACCAUCUUUGAAGUCACUUGUCAAUUUACACAAAAAGACCAUCAAGGCGCUACACGUGCUUCAACGUACGGAGACGCAGUGGGGUCUGAUGCUGGAACGUAUCUUCCAUCUUGAGGAUGUUGCCACGAACCAGCGGUCUCCAGACCAUCGAUUCCAACACACAUUUCACACACCACGGCCAAGAUUACAACGUAUAUUCUAUCCGCCAAUCGUUGAAUGGUACUGGGAAUGUUUCCUGCGGCAGUACUUCCUGAAGACGAUGGCGGUGAUCACUGGCAUCAUGUCCGUGGCCGUCGUCUGGUCGGAAAUGACGUUCUUCUGCAAAAAGCCUGUGCUUUCCAUAUUCGCCAAUAUCGUCAUUGCAGCUACCGACUCUUAUAAUUAUUUGGCUAUUGAGGCAAUUUCAACAAUAAUAAUAGCGUACAUGUUCUACUGCGCGUAUUCCACCGUGCUGAAGAUCCGUCUCUUGAACCUCUACUACUUGGCUCCUCACCAUCAGACCAAUGAGUACAGUCUCAUCUUUUCCGGCAUGAUGGUCUGCCGGCUGACUCCUGCCAUGUGUCUCAACUUCCUCAGUCUUAUACACAUGGACUCGCACGUCAUCAAAACGAGUGUUAUGGAGACUUAUUAUACGCAGAUAAUGGGUCACAUGGACGUGUUGGGCAUCAUAGCGGAAGGCUUCAACAUUUACUUCCCGAUGCUAGUGGUACUGCUGUGCGUUGCCACCUACUUCUCAUUAGGCAGCCGAUUGCUCUCACUCUGCGGCUUCCAGCAGUUUGUGGGAGAUGAUGAACUCACCACCGACCUUGUGGACGAAGGACGGGAGAUUGUGAAACGAGAGAAACGCAAGCGUCAACGUGCCGAAGAAUCGCUGACUCGCCGCCGUGACUACAGCGAAAGGUUUUCCAACUACAGGUCGGCACGCGAUGUACAAGAUGGAGCCCACACUGGGCUUCUGAACGACGUGGACUCAGAUUACUACGUGCAACCAAGCCCUGAGCGUAACCAACCGCAGCUGACAGGCUACCAACGCGCCGAGCUACCCUACAAUAGGGCCAACCUUACCCUUGAAGAUGAACUAGACCACCGCUUCGGGGAAAGUACCCUGCCGUCCAUACGAAGCGAGUUCGACGAUCGACGUCGGGACAAAAUGACCAUCCCACCCCGUGGACUGUUUGACGAUGUAUAAAGUGCAAUAUAACAUUAUAAUAUUAGAUAAUUUUGUCAGAGUUUUUGUCGAGGUAUUGUCAUUCUAACAGAAUUUUGAAAUGUCUCGAAAUAAGGUAAGAUGUUACUUAUCAUAAUGAAAGUAGUGUACAGUCAAGAAGGCCUUAAGUAACAACAUAAAGUAACUUCAGUUAAUUUUUUACAAGAUUUAAAUACAUAAAUUAAAACUAACAUAUGAUUUCAGUACAAUAUAUGUAAAAAAAA